AUGCGGGAGGCGAAGCUGGAGUCUGCCCUAGUCAGCUACAGCGCUGGGAUCAGCGCGUGCGAGAAGGGCGAGCAGUGGCAGCGGGCUCUGGCGCUGCUGAGCGAGAUGCGGGAGGCGAAGCUGGAGCCCAACGUCAUCAGCUACAACGCUGGGAUCAGCGCGUGCGAGAAAAGCAGGCAAUGGCAGCGGGCUCUGUCGCUGCUGAGCGAGAUGUGGGAAGCGAAGCUGGUUCCCAAUUUCACCAGCUGCAGCGCUGGGAUUCGGGCUUGCGAUAGAAGCGGGCAAUGGCAACAGGCGAUUUGGUUGCUCAAGGAGACGUGGGGCGCAAAUCUUGAGUCCAAUGUCGGUAGCUUCAUUGACGCCAUAAGUAUUGCGAUGCGCGGGUAA